GGGAUCCAGUGUCCGAUAGGAAGGGCGCUGGAGAGCGGUCAGGUUUGGCGGCUGGGCCGGGCCGAGUGGGUACGGUAGCUGAGCGGCCGCCGCUGGUUGCCAGGUUUGGUGUAGAAGGUAAAGCACAGUGAAAGAAUUCAAGAUGCCACCUAAUAUAAACUGGAAAGAAAUAAGAAAGGUUGACCCAGAUGAGCUGCCUCGUCAAGAAGAAUUGGCAGAUAAUUUAUUAAUUUCCUUAUCCAAGGUGGAAGUAAAUGAGCUAAAAAGUGAAAGUCAAGAAAAUAUGAUACACCUUUUUAGAAUUACUCAAUCAUUAAUGAAGAUGAAAGCUCAAGAAGUAGAGCUAGCUUUGGAAGAAGUUGAAAAAGCUGGUGAAGAACAAGCAAAAUUUGAAAAUCAAUUAAAAACUAAAGUAAUGAAACUGGAAAAUGAACUAGAGAUGGCACAGCACUCUGCAGGUGGACGUGACACUCGGUUUUUACGUGAUGAAAUUCGCCAACUUGAAAAGCAAUUGGAACAAAAAGAUAGAGAAUUGGAGGACAUGGAAAAAGAGUUGGAGAAAGAAAAGAAAGUUAAUGAACAAUUGGCUCUUCGAAAUGAGGAGGCAGAAAAUGAAAACAGCAAAUUAAGGAGAGAGAAUGAACAGCUUCGUCAGGAUAUUAUUGACUAUCAAAAACAAAUAGAUUCGCAAAAAGAAACACUUUUAUCAAGAAGAGGAGAAGACAGUGACUACCGAUCACAGUUGUCUAAAAAAAACUAUGAACUUGUCCAAUAUCUGGAUGAAAUUCAGACUUUAACAGAAGCUAAUGAGAAAAUUGAACUUCAGAAUCAAGAAAUGAGAAAAAAUUUAGAGGAGUCUGUCCAGGAAAUGGAGAAGAUGACUGAUGAAUAUAAUAGGAUGAAAGCUGUUGUGCAUCAGACAGAUAGUAUGAUGGACCAGUUAAAAAAAGAAAAUGAUCAUUACCGGCUUCAAGUACAGGAGCUUACAGACCUUCUGAAAGCAAAAAAUGAAGAAGAUGAUCCAAUCAUGGCAGCUGUGAAUGCAAAAGUAGAAGAGUGGAAGUUAAUUUUGUCUUCUAAAGAUGAUGAAAUUAUCGAGUAUCAGCAAAUGUUACAUAGUCUGCGGGACAAACUGAAAAAUGCCCAGCUUGAUGCUGAUAAAAGUAAUGUUAUGGCUCUACAACAGGGUAUACAAGAACGAGAUAGUCAAAUUAAAAUGCUCAGUGAGCAAGUUGAACAAUAUACAAAAGAAAUGGAAAAAAAUACGUUUAUAAUUGAAGAUAUGAAAAACGAGCUCCAAAGAAAUAAAGGAGCUUCAACACUUUCACAGCGGACUCAUUAUAUGAAAAUUCAGUCUAAGGUUCAAAUUUUAGAAGAGAGAACUAAAGAGGCUGAGAGAACAGCUGAACUGGCUGAGGCUGAUGCUAGGGAAAAGGAUAAAGAGCUUGUUGAGACUUUGAAGCGAUUAAAAGAUUAUGAAUCCGGAGUUUAUGGUUUAGAAGAUGCUGUUAUUGAAAUAAAGAAUUGUAAAAACCAAAUUAAAAUAAGAGAUCGAGAGAUUGAAGUAUUGACAAAGGAAAUCAAUAAGCUUGAGUUGAAGAUCAAUGAUUUUCUUGAUGAAAAUGAGGCACUUAGAGAGCGCAUGGGCCUUGAACCAAUGACAAUGAUCGAUUUAACUGAAUUUAGAAAUAGCAAAAGUUUAAAACAGCAGCAAUACAGAGCUGAAAACCAGAUUCUUUUGAAAGAGAUUGAAAGUCUAGAGGAAGAACGACUUGAUCUGAAGAAAAAAAUUCGUCAAAUGGCUCAAGAAAAAGGAAAAAGAACUGUCACUUCAGGAUUAAUUGCUGAGGACCUGAACCUAACUGAACACUUUUCUCAAGAGAAUAGAAUGGGAGAAAUAAAAUCUGAUUUCAUGAGCCUCAAAAAUAUGAGUGAAGGACAGUCAAAGAAUGAAGUCAUAGCACGGGAUUUAUUGAUCAAAGAAGCACAGAAUAGAAAUGCAGAAAUAGAGCUUGAACGUCGUAGAAGCCAGGCAGAACAGAAUGAAUUUCUUUCAAGAGAACUAAUUGAAAAGGAAAGAGAUUUAGAAAGAAGUAGAAUAGUAAUAGCGAAAUUUCAAAAUAAAUUAAAAGAAUUAGUUGAAGAAAAUAAACAACUUGAAGAAGGUAUGAAAGAAAUAUUGCAAGCUAUUAAGGAAAUGCAGAAAGAUCCUGAUAUUAAAGGAGGGGAAACAUCUCUAAUUAUUCCCAGUCUUGAAAGACUAGUUAAUGCUAUAGAAUCAAAGAAUGCAGAAGGAAUAUUUGAUGCUAAUCUGCAUUUAAAAGCCCAAGUUGAUCAACUUACUGGAAGAAAUGAAGAAUUAAGACAGGAGCUCAGAGAAUCUCGGAAAGAGGCUAUAAAUUACUCUCAGCAGUUGACAAAAGCACAUUUAAAGAUAGAUCAUCUUGAAAAAGAAACCAAUCUUUUACGACAAACAGAAGGAUCAAAUGUUGUGUUUAAAGGAAUAGACUUACCUGAUGGGAUAGCACCAUCUAGUGCCAAUAUUAUUAAUUCUCAGAAUGAAUAUUUAAUACAUAUCUUACAGGAACUAGAAUAUAAAGAAAAUAAGUUAAAGAAUUUAGAAGAUUCUCUUGAAGACUAUAACAGAAAAUUUGCAGUAAUUCGUCAUCAACAAAGCUUAUUAUAUAAAGAAUACCUAAGUGAAAAGGAGAACUGGAAAACAGAAUCUGAAACAAUGAAAGAGGAAAAGAAAAGACUUGAGGAUCAAAUCCAACAAGAUGCUAUAAAAGUGAAAGAAUAUAAUAAUUUGCUGAGUGCUCUUCAGAUGGAUUCAGAUGAAAUGAAGAAAACACUUGCAGAAAAUAGUAGAAAGAUCACAGUCUUACAGGUGAAUGAAAAGUCACUCAUCAGGCAAUAUACAACUUUGGUAGAAAUGGAGAGACAGCUUAGAAAAGAAAAUGGGAAACAGAAGAAUGAAUUGAUAUCAAUGGAGGCUGAAGUUGGUGAAAAAAUUGGACGUUUGCAACGUUUUAAGGAAAUGGCCAUUUUCAAGAUUGCAGCACUACAAAAAGUUGUAGAUAAUAGUGUCUCUCUGUCGGAACUAGAAUUGGCCAAUAGACAAUACAAUGAACUGACUGCUAAGUACAGAGACAUCUUGCAAAAAGAUAAUAUGCUUGUUCAAAGAACAAAUAACUUGGAACACCUAGAGUGUGAAAAUGUAUCCUUGAAAGAACAAAUGGAAUCUAUCAGUAAAGAACUGGAGAUUACCAAAGAAAAGCUUCACACUAUUGAACAAGCCUGGGAACAAGAAACUAAAUUAGGAAAUGAAUCUAACAUGGAUAAGGCAAAGAAAUCUGUAACCAACAGUGAGAUUGUUUCUAUUUCAAAAAAAAUCACUAUGCUGGAGAUGAAGGAAUUGAAUGAAAGGCAGCGGGCUGAACAUUCUCAAAAAAUGUACGAACAUGUGAAGACUUCACUACAGCAAAUGGAAGAACGCAAUUUUGAAUUGGAAACCAAAUUUGCUGAGCUUACCAGAAUCAAUUUGGAGGCACAGAAAGUGGAACAGAUGUUAAGAGAUGAAUUAGCUGAUAGUGUGAGCAAGACAGUAAGUGAUGCUGACAGGCAACACAUUCUAGAUUUAGAGAAGAGUGAAAUGGAACUAAAAGUUGAAGUAUCAAAACUAAAAGAGAUUUCUGAUAUUGCCAAAAGGCAAGUUGAAAUUUUGAAUGCACAACAGCAGUCCAGGGAGAGGGAAGCAGAGUCCAUCAGAACACAGCUGUUAGACUACCAGGCACAGUCUGAUGAAAAGGCACUAAUUGCCAAGCUGCACCAACACAUAGUCUCUCUUCAAGCUAGUGAGGCUACUGCUCUUGGUAAGUUGGAGUCAGUUACAUCUAAACUGCAGAAGAUGGAGGCCCAUAAUUUGCGCUUAGAGCAGAAACUUGAUGAAAAAGAACAAGCUCUCUUUUAUGCCCGUUUGGAGGGUAGAAACAGAGCAAAACAUUUGCGCCAAACAAUUCAGUCUCUACGACGACAGUUCAGUGGAGCUUUACCUUUGGCACAACAGGAAAAGUUCUCUAAAACAAUGAUUCAGUUACAAAAUGACAAACUUAGGAUAAUGGAAGAAAUGAAAAAUUCUCAACAAGAACAUAGAAGUCUGAAGAACAAAACACUGGAGAUGGAAUUAAAGUUAAAGGGACUGGAAGAUUUAAUAAGCACUUUAAAGGAUACCAGGGGAGCCCAAAAGGUAAUCAGUUGGCACACAAAAAUAGAAGAACUCCGUCUUCAAGAGCUUAAACUCAAUCGAGAAUUAGUCAAAGAUAAAGAAGAAAUAAAAUAUUUGAAUAAUAUAAUUUCUGAAUAUGAGAACACAAUCCGUAGUCUGGAGGAAGAAAUUGUGCAGCAGAAUAAGUUUCAUGAAGAAAGACAAAUGGCCUGGGAUCAGAGAGAAGUUGAGCUGGAACGUCAACUAGAUGUUUUUGACCGUCAGCAAAAUGAAAUACUAAGUGAAGCACAAAAGUUUGAAGAGGCUACAGGAUCAAUGCCAGACCCUAGUUUGCCCAUUCCAAAUCAACUUGAGAUUGCUUUAAGAAAAAUUAAGGAAAAUAUCAGAAUAAUCCUAGAAACCCAAGCAACUUGCAGAUCACUGGAAGAGAAACUAAGAGAAAAAGAAUCUGCUUUACGGUUAGCAGAGGAGAAUAUUCUGUCAAGAGACAAAGUGAUCAAUGAACUGAGGCUUCGAUUGCCUGCCACUGCAGAACAAGAAAAGCUUAUAGCUGAGUUCAGCAGAAAAGAGGUGGAACCAAAAUCUCAUCACACGUUGAAACUUGCUCACCAGACCAUUGCAAAUAUGCAAGCAAGGUUAAAUCAAAAGGAAGAAGUGUUGAAGAAGUAUCAACAUCUGCUAGAAAAAGCCAGAGAGGAACAAAGAGAAAUUGUUAAGAAACAUGAAGAAGAACUUCAUAUUCUUCAUCGUAAAUUAGAACUGCAGGCUGAUAAUUCACUCAGUAAAUUCAAAGAAACAGCUUGGGAUUUAAUAAAACAGUCUCCCACUCCAGUUCCUACCAACAAGCAUUUUAUUCGUUUGGCUGAAAUGGAACAGACAGUAGCAGAACAAGAUGACUCUCUCUCCUCACUUGUGAUCAAACUAAAACAAGUAUCUCAAGAUUUAGAGAGACAAAAAGAAAUCACUGAAUUAAAAAUCAAAGAAUUUGAAAAUAUGAAAUUACGGCUCCAAGAAAAUCAUACAGAUGAAGUGAAAAAAAUUAAAGCAGAAGUAGAGAAUUUGAGGUGUCUUCUGGUGCAAUCACAAAAGGAGUCACAAAGUUUAAAAUCUGAACUUCAGACUCAAAAAGAAGCAAAUUCAAGAGCUCCAACAACUACAAUGAGAAAUCUAGUAGAAAGGCUAAAGAGCCAAUUAGCCUUGAAAGAGAAACAACAAAAAGCACUUAGUCGGGCACUUUUGGAACUUCGGGCAGAAAUGACAGCAGCAGCUGAAGAACGUAUUAUUUCCGUGACUUCUCAGAAAGAGGCAAAUCUCAAUGUUCAACAAAUUGUGGAUCGACAUACUAAAGAGCUAAAGUCACAAAUUGAAGAUUUAAGUGAAAAUAUUUUAAAACUUAAAGAAGCUCUUAAAACAAGUAAAAACAGAGAAAACUCACUAACUGAUAAUUUAAAUGACUUAACCAGUGAACUUCAAAAUAAACAAAAAGCCUAUGGUAAAGUGCUUAGAGAGAAAGAUGGAGUUGAUCAAGAGAAUAAUGAACUGAAGAGGCAAAUUAAAAGAUUAACCAGUGGAUUACAGGGCAAACCUUUGAUAGAUAACAAACAAAGUUUAAUUGAAGAACUCCAAAAGAAAAUUAAAAAGCUAGAAAACCAACUGGAAAGAAAAGUGGAUGAAGCAGAAAUGAAACCUAUGAAAGAAAAGAGCGCCAGAGAAGAAGUAAUUCGGUGGGAAGAAGGUAAAAAAUGGCAAACCAAAAUAGAGGGAAUUCGAAACAAGUUAAAAGAGAAAGAGGGGGAAGUCUAUAUUCUAACAAAGCAAUUGACUACUUUGAAGGAUCUUUUUGCCAAAGCUGAUAAAGAGAAACUUACCCUGCAAAGGAAACUAAAAACAACUGGCCUGACUGUUGAUCAGGUUAUGGCAGUGCGAGUGUUGGAGUCAGAAAAAGAGUUAGAAGAAUUAAAAAAGAGAAAUCUUGACUUAGAAAAUGACAUAUCAUAUAUGAGGACUCAUCAAGCUCUUCCUCGAGAUUCUGUUAUAGAAGACUUACGUUUGCAAAAUAAAUACCUCCAAGAAAAGCUUCAUGCUUUAGAAAAGCAGUUUUCAAAGGAUGCAUAUUCUCGGCCUUCAACUUCAGGAAUAGAUUCAGAUGAUCAUUAUCAAAGAGAACAGGAGCUCCAGAGGGAAAACUUGAAGUUGUCAUCCGAAAAUAUUGAACUCAAAUUUCAGCUUGAACAAGCAAAUAAAGAUUUGCCAAGAUUAAAGAAUCAGGUAAGAGACUUGAAGGAAAUGUGUGAAUUUCUGAAGAAAGAAAAAGCAGAAAUAGAGCGGAAACUUGGCCACGUUAGAGGGUCUGGUAGAAGUGGAAAGACAAUCCCAGAACUAGAAAAAACCAUUGGUUUAAUGAAAAAAGUAGUCGAAAAAGUCCAAAGGGAAAAUGAACAGCUGAAAAAAGCAUCAGGAAUAUUGACCAGUGAAAAAAUGGCUAAUAUUGAGAUGGAAAAUGAAAAGUUGAAGGCUGAAUUAGAAAAACUCAAAGUUCAUCUUGGACGUCAGUUGAGCAUGCACUAUGAAUCCAAAGCCAAGGGCACAGAGAAAAUUGUUGCUGAAAAUGACAGACUUCGUAAAGAACUUAAAAAAGAAACUGAAGCUGCAGAGAAAUUACGGAUAGCUAAGAAUAAUUUGGAGAUAUUAAAUGAGAAGAUGACAGUUCAACUAGAAGAGAGUGGUAAGAGAUUACAGCUGGCAGAGAGUAGAGGUCCACAGCUUGAAGGUGCGGACAGCAAGAGCUGGAAAUCAAUUGUUGUUACAAGAAUGUAUGAAACCAAGUUGAAAGAAUUAGAAACUGAUAUUGCCAAAAAAACUAAAAGCCUUACUGAUCUUAAACAGCUUGUAAGACAAGCAACAGAGAGGGAACAGAGAGUUAAGAAAUAUACGGCAGACCUUGAGCAACAGAUUGAGAUUCUCAAACAUGUUCCUGAAGGUGAUGAGACAGAGCAAGGCCUUCAACGGGAGCUUCGAGUUCUUAGAUUAGCUAACAGUCAGCUGGAAAAAGAAAAAGAAGAAUUAAUCCAUCGGAUAGAAAUUAACAAAGACCAAAAUGGACCUGAAAGUACCAUAUCUGAUCCUGAUCAACUAAAGGAAAAGGUCAAAGAUCUAGAGACACAGCUCAGAACCUCAGACAUGGAAAAGCAGCAUUUGAAGGAGGAAAUAAAAAAGCUGAAAAAAGAACUGGAAAAUUUUGAUCCAUCAUUUUUUGAAGAAAUAGAAGAUCUGAAGUAUAACUACAAAGAAGAAGUGAAAAAAAAUAUUCUCUUAGAAGAGAAGUUAAAAAAACUUUCUGAACAAUUUGGAGUUGAAUUAACUAGUCCUGUUGCUGCUUCUGAACAGUUUGAAGAUGAGGAGGAAAAUCCUGUUAAUUUCCCCAUAUACUAAAAGGCCAUCUCUAACUAUAGUUUUAUUUAACUAUUUACUAACUUUGUAAGUUAAAAUUCCAUCUGGAAAUCAAGCAAGUCUGACCUACAUGAUUUCCUUUUCAAUACCUCAUAGCUUUACUUAAAUUGGAAUUUUUAGUAAAU